GGUGCAGUUGGGCGUUGGACUCCGCAUCUUAUUAGCGACCAGGGAAAUUUCUCCAUUUUCUGUGCAGUCUGGAGUGUUACGGGCACAAAUCUAGGAUUUAAAUAAAUACUUGCACUUGCCAGGGUUUUUCCUACCGGUUUCCUUCUCUGAGACUGGGUUCGCUCGCUUCGUUGACUCGCAGUGAGCUCGUCGGCCAGGUGUUUAUUCCGGGGAAGAGGCUUCGCUUGUUGCUCUUUGUUCUGUGCUGGGUCUGUUGAGCUCUUUGUUGGAGUGAAAGCAUGGGAGCGCAAGUCUCUAAGACAGCUGGAAAUGGAGAAACAGCUGCAGAAAAACCCGGAGAGGCUGCAGCUUCACCAUCCAAAGCCAACGGACAGGAAAACGGUCACGUGAAGGUGAACGGAGACACGUCUCCAGCGGCGGCUGAGGAGAAAGCGGAGGUUCAGGCUAACGGCAGUGCAGAUGGAGAGACGCCUGAGGAUCCUGCAGAGAAGGAGCCCGCGGAGGGAGAAGAGGAAAACACAGAAGUGAGCGCUCCCGCUGGAGAGGAGUCCGCCAAACCUGAGGAUGCUGCAACUCCCUCCGCAAGCAACGAGACGCCGAAGAAGAAGAAAAAGCGCUUCUCUUUUAAGAAAUCCUUCAAGCUAAGUGGCUUCUCUUUUAGGAAAACCAAGAAGGAGACUGGAGAUGGAGCUGAGGAUGCGGUGGAGGAAGACAAAACUGAGGGAGCUGAAGCUGUUGAAGGACGAGCGUUAGAAGAGAACCCCAAACCAGCAGAGGAGCCAGCCGGAGAAACCAAACCAGUAGAGGAGAAACCAGUAGAGGAGCCCAACGCUGCCAGUCCUGCCACUGAAGAGCCCAAAGAGGAGGAGAAACCAGAGGAGUCCGUGCCAGAUCCCACUGCCUCUCCGAGUGAAGCGCCUGCUCCCACGGGACAAGAAGCAGGAGCCAGUCCCGAGGACCGCCCCGAACCGGCCACAGAGUAAGAGAGAGAGAGAGAUGGAGAAAAAGAACAGAUAAUCAAGGAAUAUUUCCGUUGUACAAUGGAGUAGUGCCAGGGUAUUGGACUUUGGAGAACUUUGUCUGCAACAAGGAAUAUUUUAAUGAUUUUUUUAGUCUUUAGGGUUUUUUUUAUAUCUGCCCCUCCACAAAUCUCGCUCGACCAAUGUGGUUAUUCCUAGAGCUGUGAAAUAGAUGGCUGAAUUGAAUACAGAAAAAAAGUGAUAUUUAUCUAUUUUUGGCAUCAGUAUUAACUCUUUGUUUUUUGGGGGGGAUUUUUAUACAAAUAAAACUGUAAACUUGUUUAAAAUGUCUGGACAUGACUGUGGAUAAAAGGCAGCUUGUUUAGGGGUCAAAAGGGGAUGCAGGUAUUAGGAAUGGGAGUUUUUUUUUUUUUUAUAUAUACAUGUGGCACCUUGAUCACUCAACAUUAAACCACAGACGUAAAGAAAAGCCCCAAAACAGAAUGACCAUCAAUUCAUCCACUACAGUUUACAACACUAAAGUGAUUUCAUUUUUUUAUAUGCUAAAUUCCAGCCAGUAUAAUCAACAAUGCCAAGUUUAUAACUACAUAUUUUGGGAACUUUAAACACUUUUAGCUAUCUGUGAUUUCAGUAGGAAAGCGAUUUGCAUAUGCUUUAUGGUGUAUUGCUGGUUCUAUGAGCUUAUUAAAGUGUAAGUAUGUAUAGAAGGGGUGUUUUAACUGUGAUUAUUGUACAAAUGAUAUCUUGAUCUCAAGAAGCACAUGCAGCUCUUUUAUCAUCCUUAGACCAUUGGAGCAAAUUUUGAAGUCAAACCAAGCUGUGACACGUGUUCUGGUUCCUGUUUAUACUGUGCUCUGUUUUGAUUACAACAGAUGAUGCCUUUUGACAAAAUUAAGGAACUUGUCAGAUGCAAUGUUUGUGUAGCAUCUUGUCUCUUUCUUUUGUAAAUAUUGGAGAAGCUUUUACGUUUGACUUAGAGAUUGAAUGUAACUUUGCCUACAAAAUUUCAAUGAAACUUGCUGAAGGUGUUCUACAUUUUUUGUGAGUACACUAAAAGAAAAAUAAAUGUGAAUAAAAUUUGAA